AAAACAUCAUAUUUUGUGUCGGAGGUACAGCGCAUUUAUCACCAAAAACGACAAGUGAAAAGCCCGUAUGUAUGACGUCACGCUAAAAUUCAGUUUUCGGUAGUUGAAAAAAGGAUUUGAACAAUAGAGCCCCAGCAAGAUGGGGUGGUCCUUCUUCCUAGGUGUUUUUUACAUGGCUUUGAUGACGAAAGCACAAGAUGGAAAAUCGGGGAGAGGAAAUGCACUUGCUUGUCACCAAAGAUGGACCUUGUUGUACGCUAACAGCGGAAAUGGAACAACAGUUUACGGUGAAAAGAGGGACCUAAUCAAAGCCACACUUUCCGGAGCAGACGUUAGAAUAUUCAUUCCGUCCUGGGGACCAGGAGGAUAUUUGACAAGCGUCCAAAAUACACAGACUAUAAAAAAUAAUGUGUGCGCCCAAGCGCUCUUUCAUGUUAGUAAAGCGUCUUAUGACACGUUCCAGGAAGUUCCAUAUUUUUGGUUUGUGAAUUUGUGUAGUACGGGUCACGUGCAUAUGGCAAGAUAUUUCAUUGGUAACCAUGUCUCUGCGGGUAUUAAUGGCGACUAUGUUGACAUGCAGUGGUAUGUUAGAAAAUAUCCAGAUCCAGUGUAUUCGCACACCCAAGAUGGUACCAUCAUUUCCGGUAACGUUCGUGACGUCAUCUACGCAAUUGAGGCUGGUGCGGAUAUUCGAAUUGUUGAUCGUCAACUUGGAUAUGGAGUACGCAUGGACAAUGUCGAAGUUUCCUUUGAUCGUACGGUUGCCGCUGGGCAGUCUUUAUGGCAUGUUAGCGAAAGAAUGAAUGGGCCUAAUCUAGAAUUUCAGGGAGACGAUUACUGGUGGUUCUCCGUCUGGUGUACGGACGGAACUGUAGACGUGUCGAGAUGGAACGUUGGAGAGCAUGUAAAGCGAGGAAACAGCAGCAUGCAACAAUCAAUGAACUGGUAUGCUGACAGUUGCUGGCAGAUGGCAUAUAAACACGACGCUCAGGGUAAACUGGAGGACGGAUCACUCGAGUUGCUUCGCCUUGCAGUCGAAACCGGCCACAGAAUUAAAGUUCUUAUAGAUGGUGCCAUAACAGUAGAACCUGACCAAAUAAAUGUAAGGGGAGGUCAUAUAAAUGCUGAAAUAUUGAGUCUCGCUUCUAAACAAGAUCUGAAAUCCUUCACCGAUGACGUGUUUUGGGACUGGCGGGUACUAACCACCACUGGUACGGAGACGUCAGAAUAUUUCAACGUUGGAGAAUAUUUCAACAGAGGUAAUACAAUAAAAAAGAAGCCCAUGACUUGGUUUAUAGACACUAGGACAUGGAACAGAGUUCUCGUCAAUGAUAAAGACGGGACCAUUUUAGCUGGUUCAAAACAGCAGCUUAUUGAUGCCAUUUUGCUUGGAGCCGAGGUCAGAUAUAAACUAACAUUUACUUCAAAUGCCAUCACUCAUCAAGCAGACAACCUGGAAAUAAGUGCUGAUGGAAACGUCGGUGCGAUGCACGUGCGCUCAGUGAGUCUUAAAUUCACACCUGGGUCUCAGUACGAAGUCACCUUCCAGAACAGCCCAUACUUUUGGUUCACGAUAGUUUCUACGACUGGUAAAGUGGAUAUAUCACGAUGGACAGUUGGUGAACACGUGAACAGAAGACACACCCACUUGUUUGUGAAGGUCGAGUGGUUUGUUAGCUUAUAAGAUUACUAGACUCUUAUUGUAACGCAAGCAUAACGCAGAUAAUUCCUCGCACGCUGUAUGGGUUAACGUACAACGUUACGUGCUUACGUAUAGAAGGAACACUUUACGUUUUUAAAUCUAUAAAUCGAAUCAAAACGCGGCUUAACUCUUUUUCGAUCGUAGCAUCAUGAGCAGCUAUACUUUUUAUUAUUAAACAUUUUCAUAGUAGUGGAUUUGACGGUUUCUGACGGUACACAACAUGGCUGUAUAGUGAAAUCAUAGAUCAAACAGGCAGUGUUUACAUGAACUAAACACGUACAUUUACUAUCUGACGAACACAUAGAUUUACAAUCAGCUGAACGUAACAUGAAAUAUAAACGCUGUGCUACACCACUAAGUGCAUUGUAGCACUCGGUAUCAAAUUGUAGCCGAUUCGUAGUUGUAUUACGAUGGGUUUUCAAAUGAAAUAAAUUUUGGUACAUACAAAAUGCAAUAAAUGAAUAACUUAAGACCUGUUUAAUGAAUAACUUAAGACUAGUUUUAUGAAUAACUUAGGCUAUUUCUCAUUAAAAGAUUAUUUUUAACACAUGUACACGUGUUUCGCACAUGGACACGUGAUUUUUACUUGUCUCUUUUGUAGUCAUUGGCAAUGGUGCAGUUGCAGCAUGCGUUGUGUCCAAUGCACUUUUAAAUUACUAGUGACUACUUGGCCGAAUUUGGUAUUAAGUACCAAACUCGGCCGAACCGUUGUGUGGUAUCCGUUAUCAAAAUGUGUUAGUAUCACUUUAAGGUGUAAGCCCGCCCGCUUAGCUCAAUAGGGAGAGCGCAGAUCUACGGAUCGCGGGGUCGCAAGUUCGAGCUCUGGGCGAGGCGUAUGUUCUCUGUGACGAUUUUAUAAAAGACAUUGUGUCUCAAGUCAUUCGUCCUCCACCGCUGAUUCAUGUGGAGAAGUUGGUAGUUACUUUCGGAGAACAAGUUUGUACUGGUACAGAAUCCAGGAAUACUGGUUAGGUUAACUGCCCGCCGUUACAUAACUGAAAUACUGUUAAAAACGGCGUUAAACCCAAAACAAACAAACAAACUUUAUGGUUUAACAUACGCUACAUGUACCGCGGUACGUUGACAGAUUUAGCGUGUGAGGGGAAUUAUGCAGUGCAUCUAUACGAGCCAUUGCUUAAGGGGAUCAUGGGGCAUACGCUAUUUUAACGAGCACAGAGUAAUUUUAAUAUAACUCGAUUUGUUCUGCAUAAAUAUUUGUAUUAAAUCUUGUAAUAUCUGAUGAUGAGGCAUGUCUCCAGUUAAACAUUACAGUAUCAUUGAAGUUAAAGAAAUCGCAAGAUCUAUUGAAGAUCCAACAAUUUUACCAAAGGGAAAUAAGUUUAAAAACUUUAAAGCUUCUUUUCUCUUUUCAUAAACUUUAUUCAGAAAAUGAAUCAAUGCAGCAAAACACUGAUUACCGGCAAGUUUAAUUCAUUGAAGAUUCAUUGCAUUUGGAAAACACCGACGACAUCCAAAGCAGCUGUGAUACAUUUGAGCCGUGCCAUGGGAAAACCAGCAUAGUGGCUUUGCGACCAGCAUGGAUCCAGACCAGCCUGCGCAUCCGCGCAGUCUGGUCAGGAUCCAUGCUGUUCGCUAACAGUUUCUCUAAUUGCAACAGGCUUUGAAAGCGAACAGCAUGGAUCCUGACCAGACUGCGCGGAUGCGCAGGCUGGUCUGGAGCCAUGCUGGUCGCAAAGCCACUAUGUUGGUUUUCUCAUGGCACGGCUCAUUUCUGCUUUUACAUAGUGAGGAACCCUGAAACAAAUGUGGUGUAUUCCCGGAGUACACAACAGUUUAACAUGCAAGACAAAAAAUACUGGUUAGAACUCAAGAGACUAUUGUUUACUCUAUUCUAUUUGCAUUCCCAAACAAAAGAAGUUUGACCUAUAUCUGGAGGCAUGUCGCUAAACAUUGUACCCUGACAUAAAUGUUUACUACUGUUGAUGCAAAAUCAUUCAUUUCUUUAUUUUCAAAUAUUAAUUAAAGCAUUUCUUACAUAACAGUAUUAAUGUAUGAAUAAACGUUAAACACGGGG